UCCGGUUUUAGAGCCCGCAAGCAAGAUGGGGAUGUUGGACAGCUUGGAUUUUCUCGACGAUGUACGGCGCAUGAAUAAGCGCCAGCUUUAUUACCAAGUGCUAAACUUUGCCAUGAUAGUGUCUUCAGCUUUGAUGAUCUGGAAAGGUUUGAUGGUUGUCACAGGGAGUGAGAGCCCUAUAGUGGUAGUAUUGAGUGGCAGCAUGGAACCAGCAUUCUACAGAGGAGAUCUUCUCUUUCUCACCAACAAUAGAGAUGAGCCCAUCCGUGUUGGAGAAAUUGUUGUAUUCAAAGUAGAAGGCCGAGAAAUCCCCAUAGUACAUAGAGUAUUAAAAGUGCAUGAAAAAGAGGAUGGAACAGUUAAAUUUUUAACAAAAGGUGACAAUAAUUCAGUAGAUGACAGAGGACUGUAUGCCCCUGGACAGUUAUGGCUUCACAAGAAAGAUGUUGUUGGAAGAGCUAGAGGAUUUUUACCUUAUGUUGGGUAUGCAACAAUUCUUAUGAAUGACCAUCCACAAGUUAAGUAUGCAAUAUUGGCAUGUCUUGGACUGUUUGUGCUGAUACACAGAGAAUGACAUCCAUCUUUAAACAACUUGGAAUUGGAGGUCAGGAGCAGAGAGAUUAUUCAUUUCAUACAAAUUUUUGUACAAAAUUAAAAGGAUAGAAAUUUUAAAGGGCACGCCGCAAGCAGUAUCACUGGAUACUAUAAAGGAGUUGAUAGAUUGUUGUGAAUGGAAACUGUCAGAGGAUGAAGGAAAGAAUGUGAAGUACUCUGAGGUUGAGGAAACGGAUUAAGCUGUGGGGACCUUGCCUCGACCUUAGUUGAUCCAAUGUUUGUACACAAACAGAAAACUAUCCAAGAGACCAAAAGGUCCUACGUGCCACUAUAGUGCUGCAUGGAUUUCGCGCCAUUUCAUACAAUAUUACACUUUGAUAAAUUGCAAUUAAUCAAAUGUAUCAACUUUUCACAUUGUACCCAAGCAUUCCUUAUCGGAUUUAGAAAAGGUAAUCGUUUUAAAAAUUGAAUAAGGGCAAGAUAAAUAGCCUCUUUAUUUUGCUGUAGUACAAAGGCUUGAAAUUUAACUUCGAGCAGCUGAAAGAUUGAGAUGUGAACUUCUAGAUUAUGUUUAUUUAUGUCCACUUAAUAAAACUUUUUAGUAAGGUAAA